AGACCUACAGCGUGGUGGAAAAGAGAUCUAGAAUAAACCACAUUGAAAAGGUUCAACUCCAACUGGAUUUUAAAAUCUGGAACCCAAGUUGGAAGAACCAUGGAUUGUUGGAGGAAAAUACAAAACAGUGGCUGGAUUUUUCCCACCUUGUUGCUGUGCAUAUAUGGCUUCUUUGCUAUGAUGAGACCAUCAGAGCCUUUCCUUACACCUUAUCUAACUGGACCUGAUAAAAACCUGACCAUCGAGGAGGUAACACAGAAAGUUUUCCCAGUUUGGACAUACUCCUACUUGGCUCUGCUGUUCCCUGUGUUCCUGUUUACUGACUAUGUACGCUAUAAACCUGUCAUUAUCAUCCAGGGAAUUAGCUUAAUUAUUACUUGGCUGUUGCUUUUGUUUGCACAUGGUGUAAGGGCCAUGCAGCUGGUGGAGUUUGCCUACGGAAUGGUGACUGCUACAGAGGUGGCCUAUUAUGCCUACAUAUACAGCGUUGUCAGGGUGGACCAUUACCAGAAGGUGACAAGUUAUUGCAGAAGUAUCGCUUUGGUAGCAAUCACAGCAGCUUCCUUGCUGGGGCAACUUUUAGUCUCUUUAGCCCAUGUGUCUUAUUUUUCUCUGAAUGCCAUAUCGUUGGCUUCUGUCUCAGUAGCACUUGUAUCUUCAUUCUUUCUGCCAAUGCCUCAGAAAAGUAUGUUCUUUCACAGAAAAUCUUUCCCAGAAGUAUCCAUUGGGCCGACAGAUAAGAAUCCGCCAAGUACACCCAACCAGCCAAAUCACCAGCAGGACAAAGAUGUUAUCACGCCAUCUGAAAACUCUCAGAAAACUCACCAAACAUCCGAAAACCAAGACCAAAAACACUUUCUGGCAGUGCUUGUGCAACUGUGCAAGGACUUGAAGGAAUGCUAUACCACAAGGAAAAUUCUUUAUUGGUCAAUAUGGUGGGCAUUAGCCACUGCAGGCUUUAACCAGAUCUUGAAUUACGUCCAAGUGCUAUGGGAUGAUAAAGCACCUUCCCAUAGCUCUGCAGUUUAUAACGGAGCUGUUGAAGCAAUAGCAACAUUUCUGAGUUCAAUAACAUCGCUUGCUGUAGGAUAUGUGAAAAUGAACUGGGAUCUAACAGGGGAACUGGCAUUGGGAAUCUUCUCUGCACUAGACGCUGGUUCACUCUUCUUGAUGCAUUUUACCAGGAACAUCUGGGCCUGCUAUGCUGCCUAUCUAGUUUUCAAGGCAUGUUACAUGCUUCUGAUAACCAUUGCAACAUUUCAGAUUGCUGUCAGUCUCAGCAUGGAACGCUAUGCUUUAAUAUUUGGAGUCAACAACUUUGUUGCAUUGCUCAUUCAGACUGUUCUGACAGUUACAGUGGUGGAUUCCACAGGGUUAGGACUGGAUAUCGGGACUCAGUUCCUCAUAUAUGGCAGCUAUUUUUCUGCAAUAGCUGGGAUUUUUCUGAUCAGAAGCAUUUACACUAUUAUCUCAAUCAAAUGCCAAAAGAACCUUGCUGGAAAUCCUCAGACAAAUGAAGCAGAAGACCAGAACAUCAAUGGCUAUGCCACAAGAUUGUGA